UCAUUCCCUUCCCUAUACUAUAUAUGUGAGUCAAUCGCCAAGACAAUGAAGAUAAUGAUACGCGAGCAUUUUUCUAUCGGGCUACCAUAGUCCACGAAACCAUGUCAUUAUGAAUAAUCUCAGUAAGUACUUGUGCAUCUCUUUCAAUCCAGAGGAACCUGAUCCCGGCUUCCGACACUCACUUCAUGAUCCUAAUCUUGCACCCUGUAGCACUCGGCUUUCAAUUCUCAAACCGUACCGAGUUCCUCUCCAACCAGAUUGCCCAUAAAAUGUUGAUAAAGCCAGCAUUCCAGAGAUCUUUUAGCAGAGAAUCAAGUCCUCUAUUUUGCGAUGAAAUAAAGUAUAUCCGAAAAUGGGUGCUCUUGGACAUCGAAGACUCUGAAGAACCAGCUCAAUAAUUAUUUACAGGAAUAGCAGGGAGUCGAUAUUUUCAGCAUGGGAAAGAUUGCAGAGGCUGCAACAGGAUGCCAAUUGAACUCCUUUUGUGGCGACGACAUCGUCCGUCGGCACGGUGCAAGACUUUCCAACAGAAUAAUGCUAUAUUAGGCAGGACUAUAUCAUUCCAGACGAUUCCACGCAACUUUUGGAGAUAUAUUCCGAAUAGUCUCCCAGACGGCAGCAACUGCAAAUUUUCCUUUAGGAUCAGGUUUCCAAGGAAUUUGGAUAUCUUUGAUCUGAUUAAAAGGCCCAUUAAGACUCCGAAUAUCAGGGAAAAUCUAUGAUUGGGGAUCUCCAACUAUGAAGUCCCCUACUUUCGCUUUGAGAGAUUUUUUUAAUAUGCCAAGAUCUGCAGCGAUCGAGGUAGAAUUCAGCCAGCGGUCGAACAAAAAGUGAAUAGAUUGCCCAUCCCCAAUAACCCAGUCCCUGUGUUCGUUCCUCCAUUAGGUAUAAGAUCGAUUUGAUUCCGGGCCAAAUAGAAGAAUGCUUAUGAUAAUUCAUAGGGGGUUCCGUCCUUAUGAAAAUAUUUGGCUCUCAUGUAGCGACUCCACAGUCCCGAUGGAUUUUCCCAUAUCGACCAUGCAAGCUUGGUCCCAAGCCACCGUGAUAGACUUUUGCUUUUCGGAAUUUCCAGACUAAAACAAGUUCCUUAUUCUGGCAUUAAAAUAUUGGAUAAGGGAAGAGGGCCAUUAGCUGGAUCUCCUGGUGAUCGGAGGUCUACUACUGGCUACUGCACUCUUAUUUGAGGCAAUUUAAACAAAAGAAUCUUUGAAAUCUCAUUGCAUCUACUGAGAGCCUUCCCCAUUCGAACUUUCUUACUUACGAAGAAUCUCAGGUUUACUACGAUCUCGCUUCUGCGCGCUUGUCUUGGUUGUAGGUGUCGGGGAUGAAUCCCUAUCAACUAAUAAGUCCCCUUACUUUCUUAUUUGAGCUAGGCUGUUGAGUUAAAGUAAGCGAGCUAGUCCCCGAAAAUGCCUCCUUUCUUGAAGGUGGGGGUUACCGCCCCUUAGUUCAUCUCUCGGCAGAACAACGCACUUGGAAGUCGCCUUAUGGCAUUUUUCCUUGUCUUGACGAGUGUAAGCGAAACCAAUAGUACUACAUAUUAAAUAUAUUAGAUCAGAACUUACCUUCCUCGAAAUCCGAAUCGGCUAGCUCAUUUCCCUUUGCUAUUGAAUCCAGUGCUGUUUUCAGGUGCAGAUGAGGAAUUGCACAAAUAGGUUGUGCUAAAGGAACUGACCAUGGUUAAUCUACGAGGGGGAGGAGGUUGAAUAGAAUAUAGGGCAUCAGAAUAGCUAGUGCGCAAUGCCGACAUUGAUUGAAAAGUAGCAGUAGGAAGCCUUAGCCCGACAGAAGUCUCGAAGAGAGAAGGAAUUGAAUCAAUAUCCCCAAGGGGUCUGAAACAAGCCCAAAUAGGAGCCCGCUUCCACUCUUGCACUUGACUUGAAAGCCAAUAGUGGAAAUACCGACUACAGAAGACAGUCUCACCUUAGAGGAGGAUUCAUCUUUCAAUAGCAGACUAUUCUCCGAUGAUGCUUGUCAGGAAAUCGUCUGGUUUAUAGCUCUCUUUCAACUUCUAUUAGAGUACCAUACCUCUUCAGUCUUAUACCUAUUAAAUUACAUAUAGUGAUCACAGAAAAGUUCGACCUGUUUGUUGUUAGGAAUAUCUCGGGUCCCGACAAGGGAUGGAAUGUUGGCUUCCUAGGGUCCAAGUCCCGGGGUAAAACCGCGAGGUCUAUCGCUCAUAGAUUGGGAACUCCUAACUCCACUGGAGGACUAGCUCCGUUGUGCCAAUUCCAGCCCGAAGGGGAGUAGUGGAUGAAUCCCGACCGCAAUCAUCGAAAUCAUGGGAUUAAACCAGAGGAAUCAGUAGAGCUAGCUUCGACUGGAGACAAGACGGCUGUGAUUGUGGAUGUAGGACGUAAAAUGCCGCUACGAUCCUUGCCACGGGAUCCCCCUUCAGAAAGGAGUAUCCCUGCUAUGUUCAUACUUCGACGCACUCCAAACCGGAUACGACUUACCUAUUUGGCGAAGCUGAGAUGUCGGAUGAGAUUUGGUUGGAUGUCGAUUGUUUUGUUGUUCAAAUUGGAGAUUCAGUUUGUGUAAAAUUAUCAAGAACAGGAAAGGUCGGCCCUUACUCCAUUCUACGAAUGGCGGGCCUGCAUGAGAAACAAGCCCUUAGGUGUACUCUCUCUUUCCUAUCUAUUUUCCUCAUCACGGCGGUUCACUCUCCGGCUCAGAUGCACCCUUACCCUACGCUUUUGGACUACGGGAUAAGGGUGCUCGGAGCCUGUGUUGAUGAUACCUAAAGUGUUAAUCCAUCUGUCCAAGAACUAUUGGGAUUAAAGCCCUAGAAAGGAAGUACUUCUUCUUAAGCGUUCGUGCUCCUCACCCUUCCGUCCCUUAGUCUCACUAUGUUCAACUAAGCCACUUCGUCCCUACUCGAACCGUGAUUGACGUUCUCUCGUUCAAAUUAAGGCUAGGCUAUAACUGCGGUCUACUCGUUUACUGUAUCUGAUCUCGCUGUGAGAGCUUCAGGGUUAGACCAAAGGAAGAGAAGGCGUCAGCAACUGACAGACAAAAGGCCUAAAAGCUUAAAAAAAAAGAGCACUAAUGGCCGACCCAAUUUCGGAAAGAGCCCUUCCUUAGGGUCCCUCGUGUUGUAGUUACAUGGUAUGGCUAACGCUCCUUAGAGGACAGAUCUGCUUCCCUAGGCGGGGGCACCCCGGCUCUAUGAAUAGCUCCUGAUCUUGGUCAUAAAGGGAGUGAGUGCAAGCCCCCGUGGUUGUUAGCCCCAUAGGUCUAGAGCACGAUCACGUGAAGAAGAACAUACCACCGAUUGAUUCACUUGUCUGAUUCGGUAUGUAGGCACAGAGAAAGUGUUCCGGCUUGAGCCGAGAAAGUCUCACCCUUCUAUGUACAUCCACAACUUCUCAGCUCUUUCAUUGAAACUCACCACCCAACAACGGCCACCCUCCCUAGGUGUAAGAUAAUAGGGCUUGAUGCCUAGCGGCUUCCCUUUACGGGUUGUCUACCGAUCUCACAGGUUCACUCCCUUGAGGAAUGUUCCUCGAGUCGUGAUGCUUUGAUUGUCGUCUUUCUAAUUAAGGAUUUGUCUGGCUGGUGUUCAGCCAAUGGCUUUUGUCUUCGGGUGCCUCGCCUUUAAGGCUUCGUUCCAUUCCUCUUCUGUCGCUCUCAUCUCUGCCUUUCAUCCACAUCGAAACCCCCGAUCUCUUUUCCCACUCGUUAGGGCAGCGGUUGGAGAGGUAAAAGCUCAAUUUGAGGCUGUUUUCCGACCGAAGCAAGGUAGUUCCUUUUUUCAGGGGAGCCAGGCAGGGAAGAGCCUUUCAGGCUGAAGAAUAAGAAGAUGCCCAUUUCUAUUUAAGAAAGGGCGAUAGGAAGAGCAACAAAAGCUUUUAAGGCGGAAUAAAGAAGCCUACUUUCAUGAAAUAAAGAAGGAAAAGGCUCAUAGAGCGUUUGGCUCUACUCUACUUAGGUAGAGACAUUUUAUGAAAAUAAAUGCCAUUCCAAAGACAAAGAGGUGGUUACAGAAUGAUUUCGAUUUCAACUAGUUGCCAGGCUGUCCUUGCUUGGCAAGAGCCGAGUACCUUCCUUUGUCUGUCUGGAGGCCUGUAUUGCUUUAAGAAAGAAGAGUCAAAGUCUAACCUCACUGAGUCUAGCUAAUAGAGCUUUUCUUAGAAGUUCGAAGUUAGGAAGAAAGGGAGUUAAACGCUUAAGAUGAGCUAAUACCAAAAACUCAAACUAGGAAUUGAUCUUCGAAAGAGGAAAGCAGGCGGACUGAGGCCGUUCCUGGGACCUAAACCCAUUGAAAGAAGGUAGAAAAAGAUUCGCAGCUUACGGGCGCUUUCAAGGGGGGCUAGGCUUCGGGUAUGGGAGGUCAUAGGAGCAAUAGCAUAACAGGCUCCGAACAAGUUACCAGGAUCCUCUUGCAAACUCGCACGAAGGGGGCGUGUGUAAGCAAUUAGCUUUAUCUAUAUAUAUAUAAUAAUAUAAUAUAAUAUAAUAUUUUAUUAUAUUAAAGAGGCUGACUUCCUUACCCCCCAAAAAAUAGGCCAUAUAGUAUUCCCUUAGCUCCUUGAUUUCUUUUUUGUCUUGGUUGGACCGAUUCCUCGGACUAAUAUCUGACCCCAGAGAGAACCGACAGUCCUAACAAGCUGAUCCAAUAAGAAGCAAUAGGUUAUUCAAAUAUAUGGAAUCCCUUUCACUUUUCCCGCAACCCCUCAAUCAAAGCAAAGUACUGGGUCGAAGAGGUCCUAUAAGCACCUGGCUUUGCCCAUUCACAAGGACUCGAUUCUAUGUCCAAACAUCACAUGCCAGCAGAUGUAGUCACCAUCAUAGGUACUCAAGAUAUUGUGUCUGGAGAGGUAGAUAGAUAGGACUCCGUCUUGCUCGAUCAGGACCCUAGCCUUAUUGCGAGCCAAAACACCAAUAAAGAAGAAAAAUGGACGCAUUACGAUAGAGGAGAAGCUCAUUUACUCCUAUGCGUCUUUAGUCCUACUUUAUUUACGUGGGUUUCGGUUCGAUCUACUAUACCUUUUUGAGCGGAUAGUUCACUGUGCUCAUUCACUAUAUUAUGUAAAAGCCAACUCAUGUUUCCACUCCAUUUUCAUUACGAAGAUGUAUCACGUCAGGAUCCGUUGCUCAAACCGAAUCACGCCAAUGUUAUGGAAGUUCCUGGAUCGUUUGAAAUAAGAUUAGUACCAAAAGCAGCCUCUGAUUUCAGAAUCCAAUUUGGAAAAUUGGCUAUGGAGAUUCCGCGCGGUCAGAGAUUCAUACAGACAGAAAGGGGCCCUUAUUUCAAAGCAGGAAAGUCGUUUCGAUCCAAUCCAUUCUUGGGGUCAAAUAAAGACAAAAAAGGAUAUGUCAGUGACUUUGCACGACAAAGCGCUCUCCGAGGGCAUGGAAUGUCCAAUUUUUUGGUCAGAAUCUCGACAGUAAUGUCUAUGUUUGAUUCUCCGGUCGUUUUACGGGAAAACCCCAUUCAAUUCUCGAUGGAAACGGAGUUUUGCGAAUUCUCCCCGGAACUGGAAGAUCAUUUCGAGAUCUUCGAGCAUAUUCGAGGGUUCAAUGUGACUAUUGUCACUUCGGCCAACACACAAGAUGAGACUUUACCACCGUGGAGCGGCUUUUUGCAAAAAGAUGAGGGUCAGUAAGAUGUCGGAGAAGCGAAAUAUACGAGAUCACAAACGUAGAUUGCUCGCUAAAAAAUAUGAAUUGAGACGAAAGCUUUAUAAAGCCUUUUGUAAAGAUCCCGAUCUUCCGUCUGAUAUGCGGGACAAACAUCGUUAUAAGUUGU